CCACUAGCAGAGCGCUGCCUCAUUAAUUAUUCAUGACAUGCCAGUGUUGUCCCACCUCACGCGGGCUGGCGGAGAAAAACACGCUGCGAAAUAGUGAAGAUCGUCACCAUGGCGACAGCGAUUUAUCUCGAACAUUAUCUCGAUAGCAUUGAAAACCUGCCCUGUGAGCUCCAGAGAAACUUCACACUCAUGAGGGAACUCGACAACAGAGCGGAGGAAAAGAAAUGUGAAAUCGAUAAGCUUGCAGAAGAAUACAUUAAAAACGUCCGAAAUCUGGCUCCGGAUCAGAGAGUGGAGCACCUGCAAAAGAUCCAGAACGGAUUCAGCAAAUGCAAAGAAUACAGCGACGACAAAGUGCAGCUCGCCAUGCAGACAUACGAGAUGGUGGACAAACACAUCCGAAGGCUGGAUGCCGAUCUCGCUCGCUUUGAGAAUGAGCUGAAGGAGAAGUUGGACGUCAGCGGCUACGAAAGUCCAGAGAACAGAACGGCCAAGAAGCCGGGCCGAGGAAAUCUGAAGGAGAAACGACGGUCGAAAGGAAGAGGACGCAAAUCUUCAGACGACGACUCGCCGCGGAAGAAGAAAACGAAGAACAGCCCUGAGUUCUCUGAAUCCAUCCUUCCAGUUCAUCCGUCAGACGUCUUAGACAUGCCUGUUGACCCCAACGAGCCCACGUACUGUCUGUGCCACCAAGUGUCAUACGGAGAAAUGAUCGGAUGUGACAACCCAGAUUGUCCCAUCGAGUGGUUUCACUUCGCCUGCGUUGAUCUGACAACGAAACCCAAAGGGAAAUGGUUCUGUCCACGAUGCACCCAGGACCGGAAGAAGAAAUGAGCUGCACAUCUGUUACGUUGAGAGAUUACAUUUCUAUAUGAAUAUAUACGUAUGCAUAUAUAUAUAUGUAUUUUGUCUAGGUGGUGAAAUAUGAUAAUAUAUACUCCUUAAUAUGGCCGUGAUGAAAUAUCCGAGGGUCGCGAGGAAACAAAGUUUUUAUUUUUCAAAGUACUUGAAAUGUUUCCAUUUGUUUAAGUUUCAUUCUGUGUUGUCAAAAUGUCAUUUUCAGACAAUCUAGGAUAUAUUGUAUAUGAGAUAUAUAUAUUUUUUUUCUUUACUUACUGAUUAGUAUGUAUUUUCAUUUUUUAUAAAGCUUCAAGCAACUAUUAUGUCAUUGUGCUUUGCUCAUUAAAUGUUUUGCGAACUUUUAAAAAAUGCUGAAUUCGGCAGCCGCUCUUGCACUUAAAAUAUAACGCGACUACUUUUUUCCGCAACUAUCAAUUUGCAAAGCGAAACUUUGAAGUGCAAGUGAUAUGUUUUAUUGUUACUAAUUAUAUAAUUUCAGGCGAUAACCUAAAAUCUCAUGAAGCUCAUAAAAGCCGUCGUUUAUGUUAAUUUCUUCCUGCGCAAAUUCUGUUUUAAUCUUCGCUGUGUUUUACGAAGAAUAUUUAGCAGAACUCGAGGUGGUUAACUACUGUGGAAGCUUGUUUCUAACGAUUCUGAUUUUUCUCGCAAUUCUGACAUUUUUCUUUGUAAUUUUUUUUUUCACAACUUCAGGUUUAGAUCUCACAGUUCUUAAAAUGUCGCAAUUAUGCCUUUUUUUCAUCAGUAUUGCGAGAAACAAAGUCUGAAUUGUGAGAUAAAAAAAACGCAAUUACUUUGUUUAUUCCGUGGCAGAAAAAAAAACAACAGAA